AUGCAGCGCCUCGACCUCGGCAGCAGCUGCAUCGGAGCCACGGGCGCGGUCGCCCUGGCCGCGGCCAUCAAGAUCAGCUUGUCUAUGCAGCACCUCGACCUGGCUGGUAACAGCAUCAAGGACGAGGGCGCGGCCAAGCUGGCCGCGGCCCUGAAGGUUAGCGCCUCCAUGCAGCGCCUUGACCUUUCUCAGAACAGCAUCGAGGCCGAGGGCGCGGCCGAGCUGGCCGCUGCUCUGAAGGUGAGCUUGUCCAUGCAAUUCCUCGACCUUGCUGGUAACACCAUUCGGGACAAGGGCACAGCCGAGCUGGCCGCGGCCCCGAAGGCCAGCUUCUCCGUGCAACGCCUUGACCUCUCUCGGAACGACAUUGGGUCCCAGGGCGCGGCCAGAUUGGCCGCGGCCCUGGAGGUCAGCACCUCCAUGCUGCACCUGGACCUGACUGCUAACAGCAUCGAGGCCGAGGGUGCGGCCGAGCUGGCCGCGGCCCUGAAGGUGAGCACCUCAAUGCAGCGCCUCGGCCUUUCUCAGAACGGCAUCGGGUCCGAAGGCGCGGCCGAGCUGGCGUUGGCCCUGAAGGCCAGCACCUCCAUGCAGUCCCGCAUCCUCUGCAGCAACAGCAUCGGGGACUGGGGCACGGCCGAGCUGGCCGCGUCCCUGAAGGUGAGCACCUCCAUUCAGAGCCUCGUUCUUUCUGAUAACUCCAUUGGAGACGAGGGCGCGACCGAGCUAGCCGCAGCCCUGAAGGUCAGCGACUCCAUACAAUCCCUCGACCUCACGAUGAAUUUGAUUACAGACAAGGGCGCCUCUAAGCUGGCGGGCGCCUGGGUCGAGCGGGUCACUCAUCGUUUGCCCCCGGUCUCAUUGGUCCUAGACGAAGAUCCAACCGUCAAUUUUCAGUCUGUUCUUGGGGAUCGCCUUCGCAAGCACAUGGACGAGACGGAGAAGCACCAGGUGAUGAUUAUCCGGCUGGCCGCUUGCUUGGUCUUCGUCAUCAUUGUCGGAUUGUUCGCUUGGCAGAACCGCGCCCAGCUGGGCAGCACAUGCCAGCGAAUCUCCGAACGCCUUUUCCCUGAGACCCUAGACAUACCCGGUCUGUCCGACCGUUCUCCGCGGGACACUCGAGUCAUGGCUUGGGUAGAGAUGGUGAGCUCGGCGCGCAGCGCUACAGCAGCUGGAGUGAGCCUGGCCACAUCGCAGACCCAACCUGUGAGGCGCACUGUCGCGAACACGUCUGCAAAUGGCGCCAAGUUCGAGACGGGGGAGUUCAAGACAGGGCGUCCCAAAUUAGCCGCUGGAGGAGUGCCUGAUUUCGUCAAGGCAAGCCCAGAUACCGUGCGAAAAAGAUACACCGAUCCUGUGAGAGCAGUGCAGGACGAGUGGGAACAGUUGGAAGAGGAGGUAUACAAGAUGUACAUGGCAUGUCCGCAAAUUGACAAGGCAAAGGCCCUCAGCUUCUUACGCUACAUCCUCUUCGAGGCCGCUUCAGGCAUACUGGACGCGAGCAAUGCCGGAGAUGGCCAAACAGUAGUUCGAGAUGAGGGAAGAGGUGGUAUGAUGUUAGCAGAUUUUGUUACUCUCCCACAGGCAGUCGAGGCUGGGCUCGACUUGUGCCACGUCCUUGCGCUGCGGAUCUACACCUCGUCUCUGUUCCAGAUAAUCACGCGACCCUUCAGGGAGACGCAGAAUCAGGAGGGCUUUCAAGAUGAGCACCCAGUACCUGUUACUGUAUUGCUCUUGCACGAUGCACUGAAGAAGCUCCGGCAGCUCCAUCUGAAUGACGAUUCGCCAUACGAGGAGUACUGGAGAGGCAUGAACAAUCUAGACGUCUCGGGCGACUUUCUGCGCAACGGCGGGACUGAGCUGGGACCGAUGUCGACAUCUGUGAGCAAGAUCAAGCUUGGUGAGUACGCGAAUAGCGAGCACCCCCUGAUACUGCGAAUUGUCCCUGCCACGUUCAUGGAGCGCGGCAGCGACAUCUCCUGGCUGUCGCUCUACCCCGGCGAGAGGGAGGUACUGUAUCCGCCCCUGACCUACCUGGAGGCGAUCCGACAGCGCCGCAUCAAGAACUCCAAGGGGUGGGUCAUCGACGUACGGCCGCACAUCAAUUGA